AUGGCGGCUAGAACUUCUGAUCACAGUCCUAUCCUGAUCAGAUUUUAUCCUCAUCAGUUGGACAGGCAGGGCCAGGGUCCGGUACGAAGGAGCUUUAAAUUUGAAGCUAGUUGGACAAGCGACGUGGAAUGCGGGGAGGUUAUAAGCACAGCCUGGAGCAAUGACAACACUGGGGAAAUCCCCUCAGAAGGGAUCCAGAGGAGACUGGGUGCUUGUCAAAGAGCUUUGCUAAGCUGGAGUGGGCAGAAAUUUGGUAAGGUGGAGGAGGAUAUCAAAAGGAAAUCCGAACAAUUGGCAGCCCUCCAACGAAUUGAGUCCCCUGUUUUGGGUGCUCAGAUCAGAUCACUCCAAAAAGAGAUUGAGGAUCUUCUGGACUUUCAGGAGCUGAAAUGGAAGCAGAGGGGCAGAGUAUGGAGGAAGAACAAAGACAUUGGCAGGGCGUUUCUUAGUUAUUUUGAGGGGCUCUUCACUUCCCAGAGCACUGGUUCGGUGGAGGACAGCACUAAUCUGAUUGGUACCCGGGUCACCAAUGAUAUGAAUAACUGGCUUCUCCACAGUUUCUCUGAGGAGGAAGUUCAGAAAGCGCUCUUCCAGAUGCAUCCCCUCAAGUCCCCCGGCCCGGACGGCUACCCGGCAAUUUUCUACCAGAAAAACUGGUCUACGGUGGGCAGAGACGUGUGCAAAGUUGUUUUGUCUUACCUCAGGGAGGGACAGCUUGAUGAAGAGAUAAACAUGACCAACAUUGUUCUUAUCCCUAGGGUAAGCACACCCUCUAAACUAUCGGACUAUAGGCCAAUCAGCUUAUGCAAUGUUUUGUACAAAUUAAUCUCUAAAGUUUUAGCUAACCGGUUGAAGCUUAUCCUCCCUAACAUUAUUUCCCCCGAGCAAAGUGCUUUUGUCUCGGGCCGUUUGAUCUCUGACAAUAUCUUAGUGGCCUUUGAGACCCUCCACACUAUGGCUACCAGGCUUUCGGGGAAGGAGGGGCAUAUGGCUUUUAAACUCGACAUGAGCAAAGCCUAUGACAGAUUGGAGUGGGACUUCCUAGAGGCUAUGCUCCGGAAGCUUGGAUUUGCGGACCGAUGGGUUAACCUUCUGAUGAUGUGUGUCCGGACCGUUAGCUACUCCAUCCUAAUCAACGGCAGGCCCUGUGGGAGGAUCGUACCCUCGAGGGGUCUGAGACAAGGCGACCCUCUAUCGCCUUAUCUCUUUAUCCUUUGCGCCGAGGCUCUUAGCUCCCUAAUCCGAAAUUCGGAAAGAGAAGGAGGAAUCACAGGUGUUCCCAUCUCCAGGGGUGGAACUCGUAUACACCACCUUUUCUUCGCCGAUGACAGCCUAUUGUUCUGUAAAGCUAACACUAGCGAGUGGGGACAUAUUGAAGAAAUUUUGGACCGUUAUGAAAGGGCCUCAAGCCAGAAGAUCAACAGGGAGAAAACAGCUAUCUAUUUCAGUAAAAAUACUCCUCCAGGGGUCAAAGAGGAGAUUCUGUCAAGGGUUAGUGCUAGUCAAGUGCAAAGCUUUGAGCGGUAUCUAGGGCUCCCGGCUUUAUUUGGUCGGUCGAGGAUAUCUUCCUUCAAUCAUAUCAAAGGAAGGAUAUGGGCUAAACUGAACGGUUGGAAGGAAAAAUUCCUCACGCAAGCAGGGAAGGAGGUCUUGCUAAAGGCAGAAGUCAAUUGGUGGGACAUUCCCUUAAUUAAACAAAUCUUCCCGGAGGAAACUGUGGAACAGAUUUGCAGUAUCCCUAUCAACCCCCGGUUCCAGGAGGAUAAAUUAAUUUGGGUAGGGACCAAGAAUGGCAGCUUUUCGGUUCGUAGUGCCUACCAUUUAGAAGUGGAGAGAAGGAGGAGGGGAAAUUGGAGCACUUCCUCGAUACAAUCUGCUAUCCCUAUUUGGAGACGUUUAUGGAAUCUAAAGCUACCCCGUUUCAUCCUAAUUUUCCUAUGGAGAGCAUGCAACAACAUUCUUCCAACAAAAAUUAACCUUCAUAGAAGAAAGAUUGUUACUGACCAGCUUUGUCCGAUGUGUAACUCCGAUGCAGAAUCCAAUGGGCAUGUUCUCUGGAGGUGCGAUUCUGCCAAAGCGGUGUGGGGUUGUUGCAGGGGUCCCAUUCAAAAAACCUCGGUGGAGGUGGAGGAGUUCUUCGACAUCUUCGCUUCUCAUUGUGAAAGACUGGAGGACAAGGAUCUGGAAUUGUUCGCCUCGAUCGCUCACAAAAUCUGGGCCCGGCGCAAUAGGGUGGUCUUUGGGGGUUUAGUUUUGCCCCCUCCCAUCCUGAUCAAAGAAGCCACUGACAUAAUUGAAGAUUUCAGGAAGGCCCGAGAUAUCUACUCGGCGGCAGGGCCUGGGGGGCAGGUUUCGCAUGCCAGAUGGUUGAGGCCGGCGGCAAACAGCAUCAAACUCAACUGGGAUGCCACGCUGGAUAACCGGAAGAAAAUCAUGGGCAUGGGUAUUAUCGCGAGGGAUCACAGGGGGGAGGUGAAGGCGGCAAUGUGCGACGUGAUCCCCUAUAUCAGAGACCCUUCUGUGGCAGAAGCCUUAGCGGCUUGCCGAGCCGUGCAAUUCGCCCACAACAUUGGAGCCCAAUCGAUGGAGCUGGAGGGUGAUGCCCGUGAGGUCAUUUUGGCUUUGGGGAGUACUGCGGAAAUCGAUUCCACUGUCUGGAACUUGGUCUUUGAAGCUAGGCGGAUGCUUGAGAAUUUCCCUUCUUGGAGAGUCUCUCAUGUGAGGCGAGAUGGGAAUAGGGCUACACAUGUACUGGCAAAAUUUGCUAUCUCUCAGCAGUCCCAACACGUGUGGUUUAAUUUGUGCCCCAGUUGGUUGUUGAGCGUUGUAAUUGCGGAUUUAUCUUAA